AUGGAGGACAGAAUACAGUUCGAUAUCAAUGAGUCGCUCAAGUACUACUUGAGCGAUCCUGCUACUCUUCCAACACCCGACGCCGACCCAGAGCUGCUUGACUGCGAAUCCGGUCCCGAUCAAUUAUCGCCAGCUUUGAUCGACAAUGUUUUGAACCCAAUCGUGGAUGCGGUGGCGGAGAACCCAGAAGGAUUAACAAGAGCUUCGUUUUUUGAUACCCUCCAGUUUCUAUUAAAGUACGCUCCGAUCCCUUCCCAAAUUUCCCAUGGAGGCUCUUUUUGCCCGCCAGGAAUCGACUCUGAACUUUUGAACCCUUGCAGAUAUACUAGCCUCCUCCCCGCGAAAUCCCUCAGCAAAGUCCUCGAUCUGAUUGUUUCUGGAUUAUCCGUCGAAGCGGAUAUUAUUUACGGUGAUCUGGAAUCCGACGAACAAGAUGCGAUCCAACAACACAAACAACUUUUGGAAAUGUACGGUUUCUUGCUCCAGUGGGCCUUGUCUGCUGUGGAAGUCAAGGCUGCGGAAAAGCCUGCAGAACCUGCGCCUGCGCGACGAGGAGGUCCGAAAUCCAAAUCCAAGUCGGCCAAGGAUGGACAAUGGGAUUGGACACCACAGAUCCAGAUCUCCAUGGAGACAAUGUGCAAGGUGAUGAAACUGAAAUUAGGACGCAUUUUCAUGACUACCUCGGAUCGCGAUACUUUUAUUAACCUAUUUACCCGCACGAUCUAUCUGGUACUGGAGAGCGAGCAAAGAGUUAAGAGCAUGGCAAUUCGCAUGCAUGCUUUCAAGGUUUUGUGUAUUGCGGUGAAGCACCAUGGUCACGCAUUUGGAGCGCAAACUUCGAUUGUCCAGAGCUUGACAUAUUUCGAGCAUCUAUCAGAGCCCAUGGCCGAGUUCCUCCACAUCCUCGCAGAGCAAUACGACUACCCCCAACUUUCAGAUGAGAUCCUAAAGGAACUUGGAAACAAGGAAUUCAAUUCAAACGAUACUCGUGGACCGAAAUCCGUCUCUGCAUUCAUCAUCAAAUUGUCCGAGCUUGCUCCCAGGUUAAUCAUCAAGCAGAUGACUCUCUUAGCAAAGCAGCUUGAUAGCGAGGCCUACACGUUGCGAUGCGCCGUCAUCGAGGUCUGCGGCAACCUCAUCUCCGAUUUGAGCCGACAAGAAGAACCCAGCGAAAACUACAAAACGCAAAUUAACGCCUUUUUCGACGUCCUCGAGGAGCGAUUUUUGGAUAUCAACCCCUACUGCCGUUGCAGGGCCAUUCAAGUCUUUAUGCGAAUCUGUGACUUGGAACAGAAGUUCCCGAAGAGACGCCAGCGCGCAGCUGAGUUGGCUGCACGAAGUCUGGAGGAUAAAAGUAGCAAUGUACGACGUAACGCGAUCAAGCUAUUGUCGAAACUUGUGGCCACCCAUCCAUAUAGUGUGAUGCACGGUGGCCAGCUCUCCCUUAAUGAAUGGAAUGAGCGCUUGAGCGGAGUGGAUGUGGAACUCAACGCCCUUCGACCCCCAGAGACACCAGGUUUUGAUGCAGAUGCUACCCAGGGCGUUGACCCAGACUUGUUGGAUGAUGCGACUCAAUUGCCGGAUGAAUCACCCUCGAAAGCUCCUCGCAUGACAGAAGAAGAGAAAGAGAUCGCCGUGCGAAAAGCUGCCGAGCAAGCCGCAACAUCUGAACUUUUGACUCGCUUGCAAUUGACGAGGAAAUACUACAACGAAGCCUUACGCUUCAUCGAGGUCCUCCAUGCUGGAGCUCCAAUCGUCACGCAGCUCCUCUCAUCUCGAAACAAGAGUGAGGUCAUCGAAGCCAUGGACUUUUUCGUCGUUCUCGAUGCAUACAAGGUUCAAACAGCUCGCGACGGCAUUCGCCGUAUGCUCCGUUUAAUCUGGACCAAGGGUAACAGUGACGAGGGCAAGGGUGUGCAGACCCAUUUGAUUGACUGCUACAAGGGACUCUUCUUUGAUGCUCCAGACUCGUUCAGCCCCAAUGAUGCCGCAAACUAUAUUGCGCGCAACAUGAUCAGUUUGACCUUCGGGUCUACGCCGGCAGAACUCACCUGUCUUGAGCAGCUAUUGAGCACCAUGAUGAAGCUUGGGCACAUUUCAGAGACAGUCGUUACCAAACUAUGGCAGGUAUACAGCGUGCAGAAGAAAGAGAUUUCCAAAACCCAGCGCCGCGGUUCAAUCAUCGUUCUGGGUAUGCUCGCACUUGCUGAUCCUGAGGUCGUCGUGAAGGAGAUUGAAGCGAUGCUGCGCAUUGGUCUGGGCAGCUUGGGUAGAGCAGACCUUGUGCUUGCUAAGUACACUUGCAUUGCACUACGCCGUAUGGUGCCUGGACGCCAAGCAAAGUCUAAAGAUACUCCUAGCGUUCCCAAGCUUACCAAUGACCACGCAGUCUUGACCAAACUUUCUGCCAUGCUUGAGAUUGUCUCCAACAGCAAGGAGUGGUAUGGUGUUGCAGAGCAAGCCAUCAGCGCGAUCUACACUCUUUCGAAGCAUCCAGAUGUUCUCUGUUCUGAUAUCCUGCGAAGAAAGACCCUAUUUGUCUUUCAGCCUCACCUACGACGUCCCUCUUCCUCACAAACUCCUGUUGUUGAGGACGAAGAGCAAAGGCCUGGCACCGCAUCAACUGACGGACAAGGCUCGAAGCCUAAGCCUGCUUCUGCAGCUCUAUCACAACUGUUGUAUGUUGUUGGUCACAUUGCGAUCAAGCAGAUUGUGCAUCUUGAGCUGUGCGAACUUGACUUCAAGCGCCGCAAAGCUGAACAAGAGAAAACUAAAACAGCCGAAGCUGCUGCCCAAAAGGAGGCGGAAGGAGCUGACGCAGAUGAGCUUGACCUCAUUGGAGGUACCACAGAGGAUGACUUCCAGGACGCCAUGGCUCAUAUCCGAGAGCGUGAGCUUCUCUAUGGAGAAAACUCCCUGCUUGCCAAGUUUGGCCCCAUGGUAGCUGAGAUUUGUGCAAACAACAACGCAUACCCAGAUAUGGAUCUGCAGGCCUCAGCAACAUUAUGUCUCGCCAAGCUCAUGUGUGUCUCUGCCGAGUAUUGUGAGAAGAAUCUGCCGCUCCUGAUCACAAUCAUGGAACGCUCUGAAGACCCCAUCGUGCGCAGCAAUGCUGUCAUUGCACUUGGUGAUAUGGCCGUCUGCUUUAAUCACCUUAUCGACGAAAACACUGACUUUUUGUACCGUCGUCUGAAUGAUGACGAUGCCUCAGUCAAGCGUACUUGUCUCAUGACUCUCACCUUCCUUAUUCUGGCAGGUCAAGUUAAGGUUAAGGGUCAACUCGGUGAGAUGGCUAAGUGUCUGGAAGAUGACGAUAAGAAGAUCGCCGACCUGGCUCGUAUGUUCUUCACUGAACUUGCCACUAAGGAUAAUGCCGUGUACAACCACUUUGUCGACAUGUUCAGUCUGCUGAGUGCGGAACGCAAUCUGGAAGAGACUUCUUUGCGCCGUAUUGUCAAGUUCCUCAUUGGAUUUGUGGAAAAGGAAAAACACGCUCGCCAGCUUGCUGAAAAACUUGCUGCCCGUCUACCUCGCUGUGAAACAGAGCGACAAUGGAAUGAUGUCGCCUAUGCCUUGUCUUUACUUCCUCAUAAAAAUGAGGAGAUCACUAAGACUGUUACGGCUGGUUUCACCAAGGUUGCCUCUGCGACCGCUUAA